AUGGGCUGGCUCGUUCUUUUCUCCGCCCUCGCCGGUGCCGCCACUCGCGUCAUGGCCGCUAGUGGCACAGUUUGGGCUACACCUCAUGAACAGUACUCGUCGUCGGUCGGCGUUCUCGGCUGCAAGGUCAACACGGACCGCAUCGCGUACUGGCCCAGUUCGGUCGACUGUACGAAUAUAUGUAUCUCACUGAGUUAUGAGGGGCGCACCGUCCAUCUUCUUCGCAUCGACCAGAGCCAGGGCGCUCACGACAUUAGCUACGACGCCUGGAACUAUCUGUACAGCGGUUAUCCAGCUACGGACAAGCCCACGGCCGGUGGUGCCACUGCCAUGGAAUACGCAGACCUCGACCCGUCGGCCUGCGCCGACCUGAUCUACACCGACGGAAGCAAGCUGCCGCUGAGCGCGUCUAACAGCAUGAACUUCCUGGCCAGCUGUCUCAAUCAGAAAGACAGCUGGGUUGGACAGAACCACAUUCUCUUCAACAUCCUCGACCCCAUCUGCUCCUGGGGCUACGACGAAUCGUGCCAGCUUGACUGGCCCACAGCCAACCAGGCUACCUGCCCACACCCCCUCGGAACGCCCGGCGUUCUGACCAACACCCCCGUUUACAACAUUCGUUACCCAACCGGCCAGAAGGUGCUUGCCAAUGCCCCCCAAGAUGGAGCGGCGACGCCGCCGGUUGUCAACGCCGCUGCCCCUAAUGCCGCCCACCGCGUUGCCGCCGAGCGGAGUGCUAUCGCUCCGUUAGCGGCCGCACCGGCUGAAUUGUUAAUACAAUGAUUACAUCGGCUUUUGUAGAUACCCCUUGUAUAUAGUUAUCCAUAGUCCACUGUAAUUAUUAGACCUGCCUGACGUCUUUUGUAUGCACUUAGCACCUACCUAGUCCCCGGGAUGAACCUUCCCUGGAGGUUGAACCCAUCUGUCAAUUCAAGUUCAUCCGUC